AUGGCCAACGACCGCCUGCCCCUCAGCGCCUCCAAGCAGCGCAUUUUUGAACGCCGGAUGACCCGCUCGACAGCCAUUGCCGUGGCCAUGAUUGUCUGUGGCGCCGUUCUUCUGGGCAGUGCCGCAGUACAAGGGGCCGUCACCAAAAUGACCAAGGCCCAUUCGGUACACAUUGGCACCACCGGUGCUCAGCCCUUCACGCUGUUGGUGUGGGGAUCCGCCGAUCUGCAUGCGGGGGCCGUGGUGACCAUGUUCAUGAGCGUUUUCACAGCCGUGGCGAGCCUCAUUGCCAUCAUCGCUUUCCAAGAUUACAGCAAGCAUGCGACAUUCCAGAUCAAUCUCACUGAGACCUUGGGCUGGAUCAUCAUUGGCGCCACUGCUUUGGUCACAAUUGGUGUGGCUAGUGCCGCUGAUCUGGACAGCCGUGCCAUCAUGGGCACUCACUUUACUGGCAAACGCGCCGCAUCCAUGCGUGUUGCGACCAUGUGUCAAAUGGGCUUUUCUCUGGCCGUUCUCCUUCUCACCCUACCCCUUCCCUUCACCAUGCAAGAUGUGGAUGCGCUAGCAGUGACGGCCAUGGUGGCCUCCUUCCUGGCUGCCUUUCUUGGGUUUUUUGCUUCCAUUCGCUCAGCCCGCCACGUCAACUGCAAGACAUGGUCAUCAGAUGUCGACACGCUGCGCUUUGAGCGCGCUUGGGGCCUCUCCGUUGGCUGUCAUUGCCUGUGCCUGCUGGCGAGUGGCCUGCACGCUUAUUUCUCAGCCCAGAUCAUUGCUGACUGUCUGCGCGACGACACCGCCCCCGGAUACUUUCGCCCGAGCUGCGACGGUGAUGUUGGCGUUCUUGCCGGCAUCCUGCCCCACCUUGUCAAUACCAUUGCUGUGUUGGCGCUUGGUGUUACUUCCAUCAUUGCCUCAGUCCGCAUUGCUAUUGUGACUGAAAUUUUGUUGGAUGACGACGAGAACAUCCCCGACGCUAUUACCCUGCACUCGGUACGGUUACGCCAACCUUGA